AUGUCUUUGCUCGGCCAAGCUCGGAUUAGAGGAGUAGCUUUAUCAGCCUCUGCAAGUGUGCAAUUCAGCAACCCAAAUCCACCAUUGUUUUCCAAUCGCCGUUCCAAGUUCUUCCCCAAAACCAAAAGAUGCCUCAAUUCCCUCACCGUUAUUGUAAACGCUGACGCCGGUGGCGGCGCUCCUCCUGCCACCACCGCCAAAUAUAACCCUCAUUUCAACUCUGACAACUUGAUUUCAUUCGUCGGCCAAGAAAGUGUUCCCUUGGAAGGUGUUAUUCAGUUCGACAAGCCCAAUUCACCUACUCUUAUCAACAAGUGGGGUCAUGUGGCUCUGCUUGUUGGUGGGGAUGUGUUAUCUUUGCUUCUGUUCUUUGCAAUCGGAAGGUUCAGCCAUGGUUUUUCUGUUUUUGACACUGAAACCCUAAGAACGGCUGACCCUUUUGUAGUUGGUAUAUAUGUGUGA